CAGCGGGGCAAAUCACGGAUCUCUGUCUGAUCUGGAGCAGGACCUCCAGCGGCAGGACCCCGGAUCCGACGGCACCGAGUCCCGGCCCGGAGCGUCCCGGAGGACCGAGUCCCGGCUCCCGGCUCCGAGUCCCGGAUCCCGGCUCCGUCCCCGCCGCUGCGCCGCUGGCUGCGGCUUUUCUCCCGCUGACGUCCCCGCUGGAGCCGCACGCUGAUUGGAUCCUUCCUGUCUGAAGUGUGUUGGACCUGGACUGAGUAGCUGAGCAGACCAAAGAUGGAGCAGGUGUCGGACGAGGAGGUGGAGGUGAGGGAGGAAGAGGAGGAGGAGGAGGAGGACAGCGACAAGGAGGACCAGGACCUGGACAAGAUGUUUGGAGCGUGGCUGGGAGAGCUGGACAAGCUCACACAGAGUCUGGAUCCCCCCCCUCAGCAGAAAGCCCCCCUCCGACAGGAGACCAACAUGGCCAACUUCUCCUACAGAUUCUCCAUCUACAACAUCAACGAGGCUCUGAAUCAGGGGGAGAACGUGGACCUGGACGCUCUCAUGGCCGACCUGUGCACCAUCGAGCAGGAGCUGAGCUCCGUCAACAGUAAACCCAGCAGCAGCAGCAGCAGCAUGGCCCGCCUGGGCCUCACCGACACCAAGGUCCGGCAGAAGCCCCCCGCAGGGCGUAGCAGCAGACAGCAGCCAGCAGGGGGCAGCAGUGCCGGUGGUAACGGUGGAGGUGGAGGUGGAGGUGGAGGUGGGGGCAGCAGCGGAGCCAGCAGUAGCAGCAGCAGCACUCGGGCGUCGCCGGCCGGCACCAUCCGAGUCCCCAGUGGGCAACCGGGACGACCGGCGCUGACCUCCAACUUCAGCCUGGACGACAUCACCGCCCAGCUGGAGAAGGCGUCUCUCAGCAUGGACGAGGCCGCUCGCCAGACCUCCUCCCACUCGCUAAGCUCCGCCUCCUCCUACACGUCGGCCACGAUGCGACGGCCCGGCUCCACCCAGCGUCAGCACCGUCGCACCGGAUCAGUGGGCACAGUGAGCGACCACGAGGUGCGUUCUAUCGUUCACUCCUCGCGCUCCUCCGUCACCUCCGCCUCCGGCGUCUCCGUCAACUCGGCCUCCUCCAUGAACUCGGCCUCCUCCAUGGACUCGUUGGACAGCGUCCUGCGCUCCAGCGACGCGGACGGCCAGCCGUCCUCGCUGCCGCCCCCUGCUGGAGGAGCGGGCCAAGGUCAUCCGAACGCUGAGCACUCCUAUCUGGACAGGGAAACUUCUCUGAUUCUGAGAAACAUUGCAGGAAAACCCUCCCACCUGCUGACCAAGGAGGAGCAGGCUGCUAAACUGAAGGCGGAGAACAUCCGAGUGGCUCUGGAGAAGAUCAAAGAGGCCCAGGUGAAGAAGCUGGUCAUCAGAGUCCACCUUUCUGAUGAGAGUUCUAAGACGAUGAUGGUGGACGAGCGUCAGACAGUCAGACAGGUUCUGGACAGUUUACUGGAUAAAUCACACUGUGGUUACAGUGCAGACUGGUCACUGGUGGAAAGUAUCAAUGAGCUGCAGAUGGAACGGAUCUUUGAGGAUCACGAGAACCUGGUGGAGAACCUGCUGAACUGGACCAGAGACAGUCAGAACCGGCUGAUGUUCACCGAGCGCAUGGAGAAGUACGCCCUGUUCAAGAACCCUCAGAACUACUUACUGGGGCGGAAGGAGACGUGCGAGAUGGCCGAGAGGAACAAAGAGGCUCUGCUGGAGGAGUGUUUCGGUGGCAGCUCGGUGUCCGUUCCUGAGAUGGAGGGAGUGUUGUGGCUGAAAGAGGACGGAAAGAAGUCAUGGAAGAAACGCUACUUCCUGCUGAGAGCUUCUGGAAUCUACUACGUCCCCAAAGGCAAAGCCAAGGCGUCCAGAGACCUGGUGUGUUUCCUGCAGUUGGACCACGUUAACGUCUACCUGGGACACGACUACAAGAGCAAAUACAAAGCUCCCACAGACUUCUGCAUGGUGCUGAAGCACCCUCAGAUCCAGAAGAAGUCGCAGUACAUCAAAUAUCUGUGUUGUGACGACGUCAGGACCCUCCAACAGUGGAUGAACAGCAUCCGCAUCGCAAAGUACGGGAAGACGCUUUACAUCAACUUCCAGGAGGCCAUGAGGAGGUCGGAGGCGGCGUACGAUUGGUCCUCGCUCUCGUCUUCCUCCAUCAAAUCAGGAUCCAGCUCUUCCAGCCUUCCAGGUCCGACCGUCUGCUCCGAGUCUCAGUCAAACCACUCCAGCCAAUCAGACAGCGGCGUAUCAGAGAUGACAUCAUCAAGCCACACCCGCUCCCAAAGCGUGGUCAGCUCCAUCUUCUCUGACGCCUGGAGGCGGGGCACACAGGGGGAGAUGAUGAGGAUAGACCCCAUCAGUAGACCGGUCCUGGUCCAGAUCCCGACUCUCUCGUCCCAGCCUCAGACUCCACCCUCCAGGAGCAGCUACACUGACGGCCUGGUCCCGUCCGACGAGUCCUCCCCGUCUCCGCCCUCGCCUCCUGCUCCUCCUCCUCCCCCCCCAGCCAUGAGCGUGGCCCCCCAGCCGGCCUCCUCCACCACCCCCUACGUGAAGUACAGCACGCUGGCCCGCCUGCAGAACCAGAGCCAGUCGCGGACCCUGCAGACCGGCGCCCCCCAACCCUCCGCCCCCCUGCAGACUGCCAAGCCCAACUACAACACCCUCCCUGCUGCGUACAGCACCUCCCCGCCCCCGCCCCCCUCCCCUCCCCCUCCCCCGCCCCCCACGGCGCCGGAGCCCGGCUCGGCCAUGGCGGCACUGAAGUUUGGUCCGCCGAGUCCCUCCGCCCUUCUGCCGCCUCCCCCGCUGGAGGAGGAGGAGGCGCAGGAGCCCCCCUACCUCCCCCCUCCCCCGCCGGAGGAGACGAACGGGCUGCCCCCUCCCCCACCCGCGGAUCCCGCCUGUCCUCAGCUGUCCAACGCCGGCCUCCAGCACUUCCUGGCGCAGAAGUUCCCCAACAUGGUGUACGACUUCAGCCCGGCGGCGGCCGAGGACGCCUCCCCUCCCCCGCCCCCGCCCCCCUCCACCGGGCUCUCCCCUCCAACGUCCCUCCAAGUCCUCCGACCUCUGUCCCCCAGCGCGCCGCCCCCCGCACCCCCCAAAACCUUCACGGGCGGGUUUCCCCCCCAGACGGCGCCCAAGCCUUCGGGCCCGUCCUCGCUCCCUCUCGCGCUGUCGCCCGUCUCGCCGGUCCAGCCUCCGGUCGGCCACGUCCCGGUGAAGAAGCAGCAGAGCUUCUCCACCGGACACUCCCCCAACCAGCCGCCCCCCACCCUGCCCAAGCAGCACAGCCUCUCCUCCAAGAACCUGGCGGUGUCGCCCUCCUCCUCCUCCGUCUCCAUCGCCGCCGCCACCUCCUCUCUGGUCAAACAGAUCGUCAACCAGUUCCCGGGAAACUCCUCGCCCUCCUCGUCCCUCCCCAGCUCCAGCUCCACCGAGGGCGCCAGGUUCUCCGCUCCUCAGUCUCCUCCUGCCGUCAAAGCCAAACCCAAGUGGCAGCUGGGAGGAGUCGCUGCUCCUCAGUCUCCCGAGUUCCCCCCACCCCCUCCCGACAGCUCCCUGGGAGAGUUCCCUCCUCCUCCAUCCUCGUCAAAGACCGGCUCUCCCAUCAAGAAGUCCCCCUCUGCCUCGUCCACGGGGUCCAUGAAGCGGGGUCCCCCCCCGACCCCCCAGAGAGCCUCCUCCAUCCGAGGAGAGGCGCAGGAGGACCGGCCCAACAAGGUGGAGACGCUGGUGAGCAAGUUCGGUCAGGCUCCUCCGACGGGGAACUCGUCCAGCUCGUCCUCGGCGACGGGUUCUCCGUCCAAAGAGUCGUCCUCGCUUCCGGCGCCACUUCCCAAGCCGGGGAAGCUGAACUUGGCCAACCUGCCGCUGGCGCUGCAGGGUCUGCAGGCGGGACAGCUCAGCCAGCCCGCCGACUUCCCGUCCCCCCCUCCCCCGCCUCCCCCAUCCCAGCCCGCCCACCUGGAGUCCUCCCCGGACUACUUCCCGCCGCCCCCCAGUGACUCCGAGCUCUUCCCCCCUCCUCCGCACCCGUCCGAGUUCCAUCACCCCCCGAAGGUCGCUGUGGUCAACCCACAGCCCCAGAUGCACCCGCCUCAGUCGGCCCCCUCCGUGUCGUCAUGGAAACAGGGCUCGCUGAAAAAGGGGGCGGUGCCUCCCCCGACACUGAACCGGCGGCCCAGCAACCCGGCGCAGUUCGACAUGCCCUUGUCCCCUCCCCCUCUGUCUCAGACCCCGCCCCCCUCCCUGUCCUCCUACUCCUCCUCCUCCUCGCCGGUCCCGCCCACCUCUCCGAAGUCGGCGGGGCCGGGCUCGCUGGCGCUGAAGCCCCACUUCCUGGAAGACCUCAACCGCACGCUGAAGAGGAAGUCGGUGUCGCGCCACGGCUCGCUCACCUCCUCCACCCUCAUCCCCUCCUCCAAGAUGGAGCCCGUGGGCACCAUGGACGACAUGGCGCUCCUCCCGCCUCCUCCGCCCGAGCUGCUGCCGCAGCAGCAUGGGAGCGGGGGACACCGGGGACACGCCCACACGCUGUCUCGCCACCACACACACUCCCAAUCCACCAAACACGCCAACAUCUCAGGCUAUGCAACGCUGCGGCGAGGCCCGCCUCCCGCGCCGCCCAAACGGGACCAAAGCACCAAACUGACCAGCGAGUGGUAGGCGGGCGCCGCCGCCGCCGCGGAGGCGGGCGGGGCCUCCAGGACUGAACCCAUCAACAAAUAAUCCGUGUCUGUGUUGACUUUGUGUGUCUCUUCCGAACGUCCGCUGGAGCAAGUAGCAAGUUCCCUCCUCCUAAUCCAGAUUAUGAUUGUUAAUAUUAACCUCAUCGUUACUCUCAUCACCUUUAAUCCAACGACAUGAGUCAAAUAGAAAUAUAUAUAUAUGUAUAUACAUCUGUAUACAAGCGGAACUCUCACCUAUCGGCUUUUUCCACGUCUGUGUAGCUUCGCAUCCAAACUGAGAACAGUCCGAGCGGACGGCUCGCAGGUACUGCAUGUUGCCACGGCAACGGAGGGACGACUCGUCCGCGGGAGGAAGACGGAGGAGCGCGAAGACGUGUG